AUGGCGGCUGCGGCAGCAGCGGCGGGCGCGGGCGCGGGCGCUGGGGGCCAAGGUGCAACGGGCAGUGGCGGAGGGGCGCGCGAGGGCGCGCGGGUGGCAGCGCUGUGCCUGCUGUGGUACGCCUUGAGCGCGGGCGGCAACGUGGUCAACAAGGUGAUUCUUAGCGCCUUCCCGUUCCCGGUCACCGUGUCGCUGUGCCACAUCCUGGCGCUGUGCGCGGGACUCCCGCCGCUCCUGCGCGCCUGGCGAGUGCCCCCCGCGCCGCCUGUCUCGGUUCCCGGGCCCGGCCCGCAUCCAUCGGCUGGCCCGCUGCUGCCGCCACGGUUCUACCCUCGCUACGUGCUGCCACUCGCCUUUGGCAAGUAUUUCGCGUCCGUGUCAGCGCACGUCAGCAUCUGGAAAGUGCCGGUGUCCUACGCGCACACUGUCAAGGCCACCAUGCCCAUCUGGGUGGUCCUCCUGUCCCGGAUCAUCAUGAAGGAGAAGCAGAGCACCAAGGUGUACUUGUCACUCAUCCCCAUCAUCAGCGGCGUCCUGCUGGCCACCGUCACCGAAUUGUCAUUUGACAUGUGGGGACUUGUCAGUGCCCUUGCUGCCACACUGUGCUUCUCGCUUCAGAACAUAUUCUCCAAAAAGGUAUUGAGAGAUUCACGGAUCCACCAUCUCCGCCUGCUGAACAUCCUGGGCUGCCACGCUGUCUUCUUUAUGAUCCCCACAUGGGUGCUGGUGGACCUCUCAACUUUCCUGGUCAGCAGUGACUUGACCUAUGUCUCCCAGUGGCCCUGGACACUCCUGCUCCUGGCUGUGAGUGGCUUCUGUAACUUUGCCCAGAAUGUCAUUGCCUUCAGCAUCCUCAACCUCAUCAGCCCCCUGAGCUACUCUGUGGCUAAUGCCACAAAGAGAAUCAUGGUCAUCACAGUGUCCCUGAUCAUGCUGCGCAACCCAGUCACCAGCACCAAUGUCCUGGGCAUGAUGACGGCCAUCCUGGGGGUCUUCCUGUACAACAAGACCAAGUAUGAUGCAAACCAGCAAGCCAGGAAGCACCUCCUCCCAGUCUCCACCGCAGAUGUGAGCAGCAAGGAGCGCCAUCGGAGCCCCCUGGAGAAGCCCCACAAUGGCAUCCUCUUCCCUCAGUACGGGGACUAUCAGUAUGGCCGCAACAACACCCUGACAGACCACUUUCAGUACAGCCGGCAGAGCCACCCAAACUCGUACACUUUGAACCGCUAUGACGUAUAGAGCCUAGAGCUGGGGCAGGGCCUCCUGCGACUCCCUCCCUCAGCCCCCAGCAGAGACUCUGACAAGCAGUGAAUGUACAGCCCUGCCAGAGAACAGUGGGUGACUUACCACCGCAAGACCCAGGGGCUCCUGGCCCCGAGUGGGCAGAAGGGGGUGUGACUGCCGCGUGGAUGGCGAUGGGCUCUGGGCAGAGGGAGAUCCACAUGGAGACCAGGCACACUCUUUCUUCCCGGAGUCCAUCGUCAGCGGCCAUGACCCUAUGGAGCUCUUGACCAAAUUUCACCUUUCCACGUGGAGUUCUUCCUCAAGCAGUGUAUGUCACACUCCUUACUCAGCUUUCCAGGUGACAUCCCGGACCAGAGAAGGGGGAUCCCUAUGGAUACAGACCUGGAGUGAUCAGGAGCUGAUUUCCUGGGGGGGUCGAGGAGAGGAUUGUAGGGUGGUGCUUGAGAAUGACAGACUAGCUGCUUUAAUUUCACUGCUCAGACAUGCAUAGGACCAGGUGGGCAUCAUGUGGCCAGUAGCCUGGGAGAGUCGCUCCGGACACCGCAGCCACAGAGGCGGACCCAGUCUCCCAGUCAGUCCCGAGGCUGUCUGCAGUCACUGGCAUGCGCUGCAGAGAGCGAGCCCCGCAGCUGGCACUGGACUCCUGGAGCUUGAGUCUUUGACUUGCAGGUUGAAGUUGGCAUCCACCUAAGUCCAGGGGAAGGGAAAUCCUCGUCCACCUUUCUCUUCCCUUGCCAGAGCAGGGCACGUCCCCUCUGCAGGCAGCACACGGGAUCUGUAGGAAAUCAUGUUGUGUUCAAGCUGUUUUUCUGUAGUACUUGUUCUUUUUAGAUGAGUCUUGGCCACUUCAGUGAUGACUUGGAAGGCUGUUUGGUGGGGAGAUCUUGAUUUUAUGAGGAUCUUGCAUUUUUCUAGAGAAUUUUAUAGUCGUGUGUUUUUAUGCCAUGGCCCCCAUUAGGGGACACAGCAAAACUAGCUUUGGAUCAGAAACCAUCAUUUCUAAAUGGUUAAAAAGAAGACAAGUUCCUACUGGUGAUGCCUAUCUGACUAGUUUGGUAAUAAGUAAGAAGCAAUGAAGUUCUGAAGCUUUUCUCUUGAUGCCCACAAUCACUGAAAAUGGAAGGAAUCCAGAUUAUCUCAGUGUUUGGUGUAAUCAACAACACCAGUGUUUUGCGUCUGUGAUGUUUGUGUUGUGUGUAAGGAUGAAUUGUCUCCUGGAGAAGGGGAGAAGGGGGAGCACCAAGCUAAAAUUUUGUUUGCCAAAUCAGAUUCUUUGGUCAAUAAUGGUUUAUGAGCUGGGCACAGUGGUACAUACCGAUGAUCCCAGCUACUGGGGAAGCUGAAGCAGGAGAAUCCCCUAAUCCCAGAAGUUUAAGGCCAUCCUGGGCAACAAGGUGAGACCCUGCCUCAAAAAAAGAGAAAAAGAAGUUUGGCUUUGGGUAGAAUCAUAUCAGGAAAAUUAUAGGACCCCAGGGUGGCAGGGUUCCAGUUGUGGCCUUAGUCUUCUGGCAUCAUGGAGGGGACCACUGGCUUGGCUUCUGGGGUCUUUGGUGAUAUCUGCCCUUGUUUCUUCAGCACUGUCCCCAACUUCCAGCUACACAUGGGGACAGUGAGUCAUAGAUAGGACACCAGUUCGCCCUUUAUCUCCUGUUGAAUGCAGUGUUUCCCCGCUCCAGAGGAAGCAACACUGUUUCUGCUGCACUGGAGUUUGGUUUUGUUUUGUUUUGUUUUCUGCUUUUGAUAAUUGCAAUUUUGUAUUGAAGGGUUUGGUUUUCAUCUGCUUAUGAAUGGGCCACUUUGCUCCUUGCCGAAGUUACUCAUCAGAAGCCUCAGGAGAAUCCCUGUUUGUCCAUCUGUUGUUCAUUGCUUAAUAGUAUUUUGAUCCCAGGUUUUGAGACAAUUGCUGGGUAAAAUAGGAAGAACAAUCCUGACGGUGUUAUUUAUGAAAAGAUCUUGCUGAGUGCCUUCACCAGAAGCUGUGGAACUGUGGUUGAAUUGUUCUCACUGGUGAAUGCAGUUUUGCAUUGCAAAGGUGUAUGGUGGUAGUUUAUGAUUAUAGUUAAGUGAUUCCUCAAACAUAUCAUUGAACUCCAAAAUGAAUUAUGCCUCUGUCUGGGUUUAAUGAAAUUUCUGAUGUUACUGAAAUUUGCCUAUUAACAUGUUUUCCUUUUCCAAAGCAAGACAUGCUGGUGAGAGGAAAUGACUGUCUAGUUUUAUUAUGGUUUAUAAAUUAAUAAAUGGGAUAUUUAAUUCUGUACAUUAACGUACAGCAAGUCCAUACACUGGAAUGAAUGCGACAAUCAUGUUAGAGCAACUUGUCAGGUUAAAAGUCAACACUUUCAAGUCUUGAAGGUUCCAGCUUGACACUGGGUCUAUUUGAGGCCUGUGCCCUGGCCUGCUGCCCCCUCCUCCUCGUGUGGGCAGCUCUGCUCUCCUCACCCUCGUUGAUGGGGUUGUAGUGCUUCACGCCUCUGUGACGUGGUCUGGCCUGUGACAGUAACUCCUACCCAACUCCUUCAUUUUACAGAAGGAGAAACAGGCUUAGAGGGCAUUUUUGAGUAGUGUUUGUUCACUGUUGUGACUUGGUAUGAAAUUUUUAUGCACCUUAUUUUAAGUCAUUCGUUUUGGGGGAAACCAGACCUUUAUGACAAAGGAGAUAAGCCAAAUAACAUUCGAAUGAGGAAGGACUUAAGUUUUUGAAUUUUGCUGUGUAUCUAGUCUAUACCAUGUAUCAGACCCUUUAUUACCUCUGGACCAUAACCAGACCCGAAUACCUUAAGGUCUUACAGCCUUAAGAACCCAGAACAUUAAUUUAUUAAAAGACCUGAAAAUUCCAAUUUUUUUUUUAAAUUGUCACCUGUUUGCAAGACUUCAAUGCUAUCGACUGUUCUGUGGGAAUAACUGUAUAUUCAUGAUGGCAUUUACCAAAAAUAAAUGAUGGUCUCCAGGGAAUUGAGAUUGGUCUCA